UUUUGCAUUUUAAUAUAAUAUGUCCAUUCUUUAAACGAUGUUUAUUUCAUUCUUGUAUUAUAGUCAAUAAAAAGCUUUUUGAGACUUGUGAAGUAAAUGAUCAGUGCAAUGGAACGUUGGGUUUGGAGAUAUGCAGACCAGUUGGUGAUAGAAAGGUGUGUGUCUGUGGAUCUCAAUACAUAGCUGACAUGGCUUCCUUAACAUGUCAAAAAGUUGGUAGACAGCUGCUUGAAUCCUGUCAGUAUUGUGUGCAAUGUAACGGGACUACACAUGCAACUGUGUGUGGAUUGUUUGGAAACAGAUCACUAUGCUUUUGCAAUAAAGGCAUUGUUGAAUCUAAUGGGAAAUGUACCGAAGAAAUAAUGUAUCGAUUUAUGUUUGUCGGAGCAGGCGGGCUUCUCUUUGGAAUAUUUUACUCGAUUGUAACACUUGUACGUAAAUGUAGAAGAAACAUACUAUCCAGAAGUGGAAGGUUUGUAGUACAGUCUGAUCAAGAAAACAUCAAUCUUCAAUCCACUCUGUAUGCUGUGCCCAGUGAUAUUAGGAAUUAUGUGGAACCUUCAACGUUUGUUCACCAAGAUACCCAAAGACUAGCAAAUUACACAUACAAUCACCUCAACGAACCAUUGGAAAUGGAAGAUAAUGCGUUCUCUCAGCAAAUGUUUGUAGAGCAGGACCCUUGUGAUGACGUGUACAACCACCUCCAUGAAAAAGAAGCACCACUGUGUCAAGGCGUGUAUGACGUCGCGGAAAAUGUCUCUAAAGGCAUGUUCCAGAGUUCUGAUGAUGACCCCACAUCGACUGAUUUCUAUGAUUUUGCUGAACCUAUAGAUGUAAACACAUUCUAAAUAUGCGAUAAUUACAUCUGUAAAGCUUUCAUAUAUUGUAUAACUUCAAUUUUACAAUUCUUCAAUGUUUGGGAUGUAAAACAAAUAAAUAAGUACGUUAAUGUCAAAUAUGAAAGUUGAAGUAGAAUAUGGAUAGAUGUACAACGACGGGUUUUCUGGGACGAAGGUUGAUGCAUGUUCACAUACCAAGAGACACCAUACUGAAUCAUAUACACGUUGAUACUUAAAACAGUUAAACCAAUGCUCUAAUAUCUCAUCAACACCCUUGCAAUUGUAUCGUGUCAUCCUUGCAAACGUUCUAAUCUUAAAAGUGCAGCAGCUGUAGUGAGUGGAAUUUUAAAGUACAUACUAGGUUUUCUUUUGAUUUAUUCCCAUCGUUAUGUGUGUUAUAUGUGCUUGUGAUUAAUGGUAAACUAUUAAAUAUCACA